AUGAAGCGCUGUCUGCCAACCAUCCCCCCCGGGCUUCAGUCAACCUCCUCGGACGGCGUGCCGAUCCUCCACGGCAGCCAGCGUUCCGGCCGUCGCGUGCGCUACACGGUGGCGCCUCUCACGCAGGUAGCCGAUGGAGAGGCCGCGGCACUGCCAGCGACGGCCGACCCGCCACGCCGAUCGCUGUGCCCGGUCUGCAACAACGUGAUGGUGGAUCCGGUCGCGCCGCCGUGCGGCCACUCCUUCUGCUCGAAAUGCACCCAGACGCUCGAGCACCCGGAGCAGGGCGGGAAGAUCGAGUGCCCGACCUGCGCCCGCCCGGCGCUCGCGUCGAGCGUGAGGCCUUCGUCGAUGAUGUCGUGGCUGCUGGGCGGUGUGCGUGUCCGGUGCACGGCGCCCGGCUGUGGCCACGAGAGUGACCGCUCCUCGGCUGGCGCACACGCCGCCGCCUGUCCUCACGUGCUGGUGGAGUGCCCGCACGCUUCGAUGGGCUGCGCGGCCAAGGUGGCUCGCGGCAGCCUCGCGCAGCACCUCGCGGGCUGCCCAUUCGAGGCGUGCCAGUCGUUUAUGGCGGCGACCCUGCGCCGCCUCCAGGCGCUGGAGGCCGACCGCGACCAGCUCCGCAGCGAGGUGGCCACCCUUCGCAACGCCGUCCGCUGGAGCGAGGCCAACCAGCCGAUGCCGUGUGCCGACUGCCGCAUGCUCUUUGAGUGGUACGCAGACUUUCGGCAGAGGAAGAUCCGCUUCCUCCGCGAGGCUGCCAGCGCCAAGCCGCCUCCGGGAUCCCGCUUGAGCUUUGAGCACCAGGAGCCCUCGUUGUGA